UACCUCCACCUAGCUCCGGCCUCCAACGAGAAAGGACGACUGGCGGAAGGGCUGACGGACUGACUGACAGACGGAUAGCGGGCUCCGGGAUGGAUGCACGGAUGGGCUUUUGAAGAUCAGAAAAUUGGCCUUUUUAACUGUCUAGAUCCUAAAAGAGAAAUCAUGGCCCUACCUUUCCAAAAAGAACUGGAGAAAUACAAGAAUAUUGAUGAAGAUGAACUCCUUGGUAAACUCUCAGAAGAGGAGCUAAAACAGUUGGAAAAUGUUCUAGAUGACCUAGAUCCUGAGAGUGCACUCCUACCAGCAGGUUUCCGGCAGAAAGACCAGACACAGAAAGCGGCCACAGGCCCCUUUGACAGGGAGCAUCUCCUUUCAUAUUUGGAAAAAGAGGCACUGGAACACAAAGACAGGGAAGACUUUGUACCCUUCACUGGAGAAAAGAAAGGAAGGAUCUUUAUCCCCAAAGAAAAACUACAAGAAACUCAUAAAGAAGAAAAAGUGACUCUUGAUCCAGAACUGGAAGAAGCUUUAGCUAGUGCCUCUGAUACCGAACUCUAUGAUCUUGCAGCUGUUCUUGGAGUUCACAAUUUAGUCAAUAAUCCACGAUUUAAUGAAGAAGUACCAAGUAACGAAAUUGGCAAAAGCCCUCCUAGAAAUGUGGUCAAAGGUGAGAAGGUCAAGCCAAUAUUUGAGGAACCACCCAAUCCCACAAAUGUGGAACUAAGUUUGCAGCAGCUGAAAGCCAAUGAUCCCAGCCUUCAGGAAGUCAACCUCAACAACAUUAAGAAUAUUCCAAUUCCAACUCUGAAGGAGUUUGCAAAGGCUCUGGAGAAAAACACCCAUGUGAAGAAGUUCAGCCUGGCUGCCACCCGCAGCAAUGACCCUGUUGCAAUUGCUUUCGCCGACAUGUUAAAAGUAAAUAAGACAUUGAAAAGCCUAAAUAUUGAGUCCAACUUUGUCACUGGAACUGGGAUUAUGGCACUGGUGGAUGCACUGAAAGAAAAUGAAUCCCUGACAGAGAUUAAGAUAGACAACCAGAGACAGCAGUUGGGAACAGCUGUAGAAAUGGAAAUUGCCCAGAUGGUUGAAGAGAACUCAAUGAUUCUUAAGUUUGGCUACCAGUUUACAAAACAAGGGCCAAGAACCAGGGUAGCAGCUGCCAUCACAAAGAAUAAUGAUCUAGUUCGCAAGAAACGAGUGGAAGGUGACCGUCGAUAACCCAACCAUCGGAGAAUGCCAUUCUGAUGAAGGCAGCUAGCAUUGAGAUCAUAACCUUAAACUCUUGCCCCAGUGAGACCAUUUUAAAAAAGGUCAUUCAUUUCCGUUAAC